AUGGGGGCUAUAACGAUCUGUCCCGCUAGGCUCUGCCGGAUUAGGACUAAAGUCUGCAUGGCACCAUCUUUUGGGAGAUGUCUGCAAAAUGAGCUCUGGACAAGGUCAUGGAAGAAGGAAGAUGCUCACCCACCCUGGUUUUUGGGUCCAAGGGAGUGUUUACAGUCACUAAAGCAGCGAGUUAAAGGUGCCAGUAGUUAUCAUGGGAGACAGCAAGAGCCAGCUGUGUGUCUGUGCCAUUCAGCCCCUGCUGCUGUGGUCCAACAGACUGCUGUGGAGCAGAAGACAGAAGAGUUCAAGCUGGUAUACAGGUUUCCAGGGAUUAAAUACUGCAGGGUGCUGUCCAGAUUGAAGCUGUUGCAGACUGCCACCACCAUGGUCAUGCUGCCACCCAUCACCUACCUCUAUUUGCAGGACCAGGUUUCUCAGAGCGUCCUCUUGUACACAAGUGGAAUUGCACUCUUUGCUGGUGCCAUGCUGUACACUAUGAGCUACUUUUUGAGACGAAUCAUUGGAUUCAUCUACUUAAAUGAAAGUGGCCAGACUGUCAGAGUGGCUCACCUGACCUUCUGGGGAAGGCGGAAUGACGUUUACUGCCCCAAAGAGACAGUGGUGCCUUUGGAUGAAGUUGGAGACAGCAAGGGGGAGCUGCUGCUGCAGUUCAAACGGUAUAAUAGCAGAGAUAUUUUGUAUUUCACCAUUAAGUAUGGACAAAUUGUAGACAGACAAAAGUUUACUCAAAUAUUUGGAGAACUUGAGCGAUACAGCAGCUAAUUUCCAGUAGCUUUUCUUGCUGUGUGUUCAUUGUGCGUACUCUUCUGUGAAGUUUAACUGGUUGGCCUGACUGAUGUUCUUGUGUCAUUUUCCUGUGCAUAGCCUGCUGGUAAGGGCACUGUGCAGGAAGUAAAGAACAAUCCACUGCAUUCAGUGU